GCGAUGCUGGAGUGUGGAGAGGGCGCACGGCGCACGGCGCAUCUUCCCCCCGCGCAGCUCCGCAAACUUUUAUAGCCGUUUUGUCGGGCUUGUUUUUGGUUUGUUGGUUUGUUUUCUUCCCGCGGCAGCAGCAUGGAGCACUGGCGGCAGUGCGCCGUGUGGCUGAUCAGCUGCAACGUGCUGCCGGUGAACCACCGAGUGACUGCGGACACCGCGCAGGUGUUCGAUUUGGCACAAACCCUGCGGGACGGAGUGCUGCUGUGCCAGCUGCUGAACAACCUGAGCGCUCACACCAUCAACCUGAAGGAGAUCAACCUCAGGCCGCAGAUGUCUCAGUUCCUGUGUCUGAAGAACAUCCGGACCUUCCUGUCGUCGUGCUGUGACGUGUUUGGGAUGAAGAAAAGUGACUUAUUUGAUGCCUUUGAUCUUUUUGAUGUUCGUGACUUUGGAAAGGUUAUGGACACCCUGUCCAAGCUCUCUUACACAGCAAUUGCGCAGCAAGCAGGAUUCAAGCCAUUUCCAACUGAAGAGAGCCCCCAGGAUGAGGACAUUUACAAUAACCUGGAAGACUUGAUUGAUGAGAAUGUCGCCGAGGACGAGGAUGACUUGUAUGCGGCGGUCUAUUGCUUUGAUGACGACUAUUCAGGGGAAGAGAUUUAUGAAGACCUCAUGAGGACGGAACAACAGCCCGCAUUGAAGCAGGCUGAGGUUGAUGUUCGGAGUUGCUGCCUUUCAGAGAUCAAACAGACGGAGGAAAAGUACACAGAUACUUUGGAAACCAUCGAGAAGUAUUUCCUGAAUCCUUUGAAGAAAUUCUUCUCUCCUGCCGAGAUUGAAAAAGUUUUUGUCAACAUUCCAGACUUGGUUAAAGUUCACAAGAACCUGAUGGUCGAAGUGCAGGAUUCCAUCAUAAACAAAAAUGCCCUAAAUCUCUACCAGAUCUUCAUCAACUACAAAGACAGACUGCUUAUUUAUGGUAUAUACUGCAGUCGGGUGGAGAUCGCUAUUGCCGUUUUGGACCUCAUCUGCAAGGAGAAAGAGGACGUUCGUCUGAAAUUACAGGAGUGUUCCAAGAGGGCCAACAAUGGGAAGUUUACACUGAGGGACCUACUGGUUGUCCCCAUGCAGCGAGUCCUCAAGUACCAUCUCCUUCUUCAGGAGCUCGUCAAACACACUCCCGACGCUGUGGAAAAGAACAACUUGAAGAUCGCUCUUGAUGCCAUGAAAGACCUUGCUCAGUAUGUCAAUGAGGUAAAGAGAGACAACGAGACUCUAAGGGAGCUUGACCAGUACCAGAGGUCCAUCGAGAACCUGUGCCAGCCUCUAAACACCUAUGGUCGGCCAAAAGGAGACGGAGAGUUGCGUGUGACCUCCAGCCUCGACAGGAGGAAACUAGACAGACAUAUUUUUUUAUUUGAUGUGGCUGUUAUUGUUUGCAAGCGGCGUGGAGACAACUAUGAAAUGAAGGAUAUACUCGACCUGAACAACUUCAGAGUCACCAACAACCCGACCUCUGACCGAGAGGGCAAAAAGUGGUGCUACGGGUUCUACGUGACUCAUCAGCAGGGUCAGACCAGCUACGAGUUCUUUUUUAAGACCAAAGAGCUGAAGAACAAAUGGCUGGAUCAGUUUGAAAUGGCCUUGUCAAACAUUCGACCAGAAAAUGCCAACCACAACAGCCACCGCUUCAAGAUGCACACGUUUGAAAGGAUCACAUCCUGCAGCUUCUGUCACUUCCUGCUCAGGGGCAUCUUUAACCAGGGUUAUCUCUGUCUAAAAUGUGGCCUGGGGGCCCACAAGGAGUGUCUGGGCCGAAUAGGACUUUGUAGGAGGACAGAUUCCACCAAGACGAGUCCGAAGGAAGGUGCCACACCACCAGCUCCAGGUUUACCGAAGAUGGUUGUGAUCAGAGACUACAGUGGCAUCCCGUAUCCAGAGUGCGGGCCCCCGCUCAGCGUUCACACUGGGGAUGUUAUUGAACUGAUGUUUGCUGACCUGCACAGCUCCUGGUGGCAGGGUAAAAUUCUGGCGACAAGCAAGACUGGCUUCUUUCCAAGUGAUGCUGUGAGGCCUUGCCCAUGUGUUCCAAAACCAGCCGAUUACUCUGCCCAGCCAUGGUUUGCAGGGCCACUGGAGCGGUGCCAGGCUGAGGUUGAGCUCCUGGACCGAGGAAACGGCACCUACCUCGUUCGACACAGGAGUAAAGAGUGCACGGAAUAUGCCAUCAGUGUCAAGUUCAGUGAUAAAGUCAAGCACAUUAAGAUUCUGACAAAGAACGGCUGCUUUUACGUCGCUGAGAGACGACUGUUCAAGUCAGUGCUGGACUUGGUUGAGUACUACAAGCACCAUUCUCUAAAGGAAGGGUUUAGCAGUCUUGAUACCACUCUGCAGAUCCCCUACAGGGAACCAUCCAGUGGGAACAUGCCCAGGACCAUUUCAAAGACUUGCAGUGUUCCUCCUGACGGCUGCAGCUUUCUUCCUCCCUCCUCCUCCUCCUCACCUUUCUGGUCAGUGUUUUCUCCUAGGGCAGUGGGUGUUGCAGUGGCACGCUAUGAUUUCAGUUCCAGAGACAUAAGAGAGCUGUCCCUGUUACAGGGAGACGUAAUAAAGAUCUACGCCAAGAUGCCCAAUGGGUGGUGGAGGGGAAAGGUGAACGGCAGGGUGGGCUGGUUUCCUUCAACUUAUGUGGAAGAGGAAGACUGAGCUUAACGGAAGCCAAUUAAUCAAAGUGGCCCGUCUCCAGUGAGCUCCAUGCUGCUCUGCCACUCUCUGUGCGCUGCAAGUCAGAAGAGAUUUGGACAUAAAAGGAAGCAGUAUGGCCUCCUAAAAAAACCCCUCCUUUCAGGAGCAUUGCUUCACUUUGGCAGUGUCUGCCCCUACGGCCUCCUUGGAGACUGCAUGUGCUAAACCAAGAUAACCUCCUGACCCUGUUCACCUUGUGCUAAUAUUGAUGACUUAUCUGAAAGCUGCCUUCACUGUCACCAUGUUGCAACACUAAGAGGGCUCAGUCACCCAUCUGGAACACAGAUCCUGCUGACAGCACACCGUCCAGGCACUCCACUAAACUGGAAUACAGGAGCUUUGAACUUUUGCUUCUUGUUGGAACACUACCACAUUGCUGUUGCAGUGACUGUGUUUUGAUGAAAGCCCAGUUCUCACUUUCAUGGAUAUACAUACCAGAUGGUUCCAAUUUAAAAUCGUGACAAACCGGCGUGUAAACAUCACAGUUGCCACAACUGUGAUCUACAGUGCAUCCGGAACGUAUUCACAGCACUUGAAUUUUCCACAUUUUGUUAUGUUACAGCCUUAUUCCAAAAUGGGGUAAGUUAAUUUCCCCUCAAAAUUCUACUCACAA